AUGAGCAACUUAAUCAUCUAUCUUUUUAUUUUAUUUUUUACAUUAGCAAUUAAUGUUAAUUGUAAAAUACCUAGAGAAUGUGAAUUAGCACCUGAAACAGGUCCAUGUCGUGGAAUGUUUCCAUCAUUUUAUUAUAAUCCAUCAACAAAACAAUGUGAAAGUUUUAUUUAUGGCGGUUGUCAAGGAAAUGCAAAUCGUUUUGAAACUAAAAAAGAUUGUCAUGCACAAUGUAGUGAAAAUAAUCAUGAAAAUGAAACAAUACAUCAAGAUGAAUAA